AUGACCACAGUACAAGCAUUCGGUGCCUUCAUCACCCAUGAAAGCGAGCCUCGCUCCGUUGUCCCUGGCCCGGCCGCCGUCAUUCAUCGAGACAAUAUUACUGCUGUACCGCCCACGGCGUACGAGCUCGAUGAAAUACAAUGGGGAAGCCGCCUGAACGGCCCAUGCAAGUUGCCCUCUCACGAUCAGUCGCCUGUCGGACAGUCUCUUCCUCAAACUCCGGGCGAACUGGAACGAAGUCAACCUCCCACUCCAAAACAAGAUCGGGCGGUCGACGCACUUGUUCAGUCUAUCUCUAAUCCACUCCAAAAUCGUUGGCGGGUAGCCGCGGCAAGUUUCAUGUUCUUUCUGAUGGGCAUGAAUGACGCCGCUACUGGAGCUUUGAUUCCAUACCUCGAGAAAGACUACCAUAUCGGAUAUGCCGUUGUGUCUCUGAUUUUCGUCAGUAAUGCUCUCGGCUUCAUUACAAUGGCGCCAGUCAUCCAACUUAUCGAGUCUCGACUCGGUCGGGCCCGCUCCUACAUGAUUGCAACUUCGUUGAUGAGUCUUGGUUACAUAGCCAUUGUCUGCUCUCCACCCUUUCCUGUGGUUGUGCUCAGUUUCUAUCUCCUCGGUUGUGGGAUGGGACUAUUCCUGGCUAUCACCAAUGCCUUUAUUGUCAAUCUACUCAAUGGAACUGUCAUCCUAGGUUUUUGCCACGGUUUAUACGGGUUGGGCGGUAUUGUCUCUCCUCUUAUUGCUACAGCUAUGGUGUCGAGCGGCAUUCGCUGGGCUCAUUUCUACUUUAUCACACUCUCCAUCUCUCUUGUUUCUGUCUUGUGUAUGGGCUGGUCCUUCAGAGGCUUCGAAAAGGAUGCUGCAGUCCAGUUACUUUCGUCUCUCGAACGCAACCUUUCACGUCAGAGUGAACUCACGAGGGUUCAGGUUCUCAAAAGGGCCGUCAGGAACAGGACAACACUGCUUGGAGCGACAUUCAUCUUUUUCUAUCAGGGGGCAGAGGUGGCCAUCUCAGGCUGGGUCAUCUCUUAUCUGAUCCAUUACCGAAAGGGCGACCCAUCCCAUGUCGGUAACGUCACCUCUGGAUUUUGGGGUGGCAUUACCGUGGGAAGGUUUGUUUUGACCCAUUUCGCUCACAAGAUCGGGGAGAAGGUUGCUGUCUUCCUCUUGAUCAUUGGGGCUGCCGUCUUCCAACUUCUAGUCUGGCUUGUACCAAACAUUAUCGAAAAUGCCGUGGCCGAGUCCAUUGUCGGUGUAUUUCUUGGACCAAUCUACCCGUGCGCCACUGCUGUCUUUGCCAGACUCCUGCCCAGGAGCAUCCAAAUCAGCAGUCUGUCGGUUGUGACGUCGAUGGGAAGCUCUGGUGGCGCACUAGUUCCUUUCAUCACUGGCAUAUUGGCACAGAAAUUGAGCACGGUCGUCCUACACCCCGUGGUGUUGAUUUCUUUUGCGUCAAUGACAGUUAGCUGGGCUCUGUUGCCACGCAUUGGGAAGAGGACGGAGUGA